CUAAAAUCCAACUUUAUUUUGGGCAAGGAGUUGAUUGCCAUGUCAGGCCCGAUAUACCGAGGAGCGAAUCAACUGCACCGUAGGCUGACAACGAAAGAGAAAAGUCACAGAGUGUGUUUUGGUUUUACUAGAUCGAGCAAUGGGCGGAGGGCAUGGCGAUGGCGUCACUUACAAGGGCGUGACGAUGCACCAGCCGAAGCGGUGGCAUACGGUCACCGGGAAGGGCCUCUGCGCAGUCAUGUGGGUUUUGGGUUCUGUACAGGGCUAAGCAGGAUGGUCCUGUUGUGUUGGGCUGGAGACAUCCAUGGGAUGGCCAUGGUGAUGAUCAUGGCCAUGGACACUAGGCAUGGAUCUGAAGAGCCAAAGAAGCGUGGAGUCCUUCAAUGGUGGUAUCAAACUGAGUAGCUGAACUGAGACUUUGGACAGUUCCCCUCUUUGUGCAAUAAAAAUGCUGUUGAAAACAGAUUGUUCUUGUUCCUUAUUUGCGAACACAAUUCUGCAUUUUAAACAUGUUAACUAGCGCUUGAAUGUCUGGUCAAUCCGUUGUGUUUGCAGUUUUUUCCACCCUCAGCUGGGCUUUGUUUCAGUGAAAAAAGUCUUAUUAUUACCAUGACAAUUGACAAGUUCGUUUUCUGUUUUGCCCGUCAAGAUGUGAAUUCAUAGUUGUGUUAUUUCUUCUCUGUUUUUCUAUGUUGUGUAGUUUAUUAU